AUGAAAUCGUCCCAGGUGGUCAUAGUUGUGAUUGCCCUCGCCUCCCGUAAGCAUCUCAAUGCCGUCGAAUCAACCUUCUUACCAAACCGGACUAAUCUAGUCUCCACCAUCGCAUUGUCACUGAUAUCUGCAUUCGGUGGAUUGCUGGGUUUUUACACUCCGAGAUAUAUUGCGAAAGGCAAGAGCUAUGGUAGCAUCACUCCGACGCAGGGCCUGGGAGCACGGGGAGUUGGAAACCUAUUGGGAAUGCCAAUUGCGAUCGCUCUCGGACGUCGAGUUGUCAUCCUCGUUGCGGCAUUAGUUCUCAUGAUAGGAGCUAUACUUUGUGCGACAGGCUCAUCAUUUGAAAUGCACCUUGUGGCACGAGUACUGCUUGGUUUCGCCGCCGGACAAGGUGAAUCAGUCGUUCCUAUGAUUAUCCAAGUAGGUGGUGAUCUGGACGUAUUUGGCGCAUACUGA